AUGAAGCAUUAUCCGAGUGGUUGUUUUGUGUCCGACUCCGAGCGGUGCUCGGAUCACCGGCUUAUCCACCCACGUGAACCCUCCGGACAAAUCGAUCAAUCCAGCCAGGCUCGCGACCAAUUGCCAAUUCGAUCAACCUACCAAUUAUCAUACGACAGCAGUUUGAAGACCAUGGAAGCUUCUGCACAAGCCGAUGUCUCAUUUGAGCUCAUCAACCGAAUCUCACAUUAUUCAGGUCGACAAGCAAUCAAUCGGCUCCGGUUCUUAGGUCAAUUAUGCUCGCCGAUUUCUCUGAGCGCAUACGAACUGGCGCUGGAGGCGAUUGUUCAAUCCACCUGGGAUAUCUCACUGUAUAAGGAGACCCUAGCCGCGCACAAUAAGCUUGCCUCGGCAAACAAUCUUCCCCUGUUGACCGCAAACGAGGACUGGAUCGAUAGUACCCAGGACGAGAUCAAUCACACGCUUGCAAGACUCGAGAACGACCUGAAACACAACACGACUAAUUGUAUUAAGGAUGGGAUCCGGUCCAGUUACCAAGCGCUGGGUGCCCAUUACCGCAAAGUGGGUGACGUUGGGAGCGCUCAUCGAGUGUUCUCGAAGGCUAGAGAACACGCCACGACCGCAUUACAUGCUGCCGAACUCUCCCUCGCCUCCCUCGACCUGGCACUCGACGCUGAAAACUUCAAGCUGGCUCAGAGUCAUGCGGCUAAGGCCCAGGGUGCUCUUGACACCCUCAUUGGAUCCUUGGAGCUCAAAGCCGCAAAAACUAAGACUAGUGGAUCUAUAUCCACCGUAGGCAUUGAUUCCCGUGACCCAACCGAGAAAGAUAUCCAACGAUGGUCCGACAGAGUUAAUGUUGUCAAUGCACUCACAUCGCUUGCACAGGGAGACUUUGGGAGAGCGACGAGCUACUUUCUCAAGGUUGGAAAAGAUGCAGGAGAUAGCACUGGUGGAGAACUGCUGGCGACGGCGACCGACAUAGCGAUCUAUACGACCCUCUGUGGCUUGGCUCAUUUCGAUCGACAGCAGUUGAAAGACCGUCUGAUCGAUAACCUCGAGUUCAGGUCGAUGCUCGACAGCGAGCCCCAGCUGAGACGGAUCUUAAACUUGUUCAGAGAAAAUAAGUACCGCGGCGUGUUUGAGUAUUUGAAAGCCUCUCUGCCGCUGUACCAGGGUGAUUUGUAUCUGGCCGAGCAGACGGAGCGCUUAAUGAUGAUGAUUCAGGAACGGGCGAUUGGACAAUACUUUGGCUCGUUCUCAUCAGCGCAGCUCUCGAAAGCGUCUGAGGUUUUCGGAUGGCCGAUGGAUGAACUCGAGCAGCGUCUCGUUCUCUCCAUUCGCUCCGGCCAUCUUCCCGCUAAACUCGACCUCGCCAAUGCUAUCCUACGCGCUCAUCGACCCACUCCUCGCUCCCGUCUCCUCGCUAAUGUCACCUCAUCCGCUAAAAAGAUUCAGCAUGACUCGUCGGCCGCUCUCUUUCGUCUUAAGCUUAUUAGCGCUGACCUCCUCGUCCGUGAUGUCAAUCAACCUAACAUUCCCUCUCUUACCCCUUCCUCUGAACCCGUCGAUCGCUCAAAGUAA